GCCAGCCUCAGUGUCAGAAAAGAGAAUAGCCACUCUGCAAGGUUCAUCGACCAAGCAAUUCAUCGAGAAUGGCAAGUUUUGUGAAAGAAUUAACGAGAACAGAUGUUGAAUCCAUGUUGGUAAUCCCAGUUGCUUUCAUGAACAACAUGCCACAGGUUCAAGGAGGACACUUCACAAAUGUAACGGUAUCAGAUGCAGGUGGGAGAGAAUGGAAUUUCGGAUACUACGUCCGAGCGAACCAAAACCCGCGGCCUGUUCUGAAAUCAGGGUGGUGCCACUAUGUCCGUGAGAAAGGACUGAGAGUUGAUGACAUAAUCAUAUUUCAGCGUCUGGAAGGCUUCCCAGUGCGUUACAGGAUUGGAGCAACAAGAAGAGUAACUAUACUUGGUCAGGAGGUAUGGACUGAGGAAUUCUAAUUAAGUACACCAUGCUAUAUGUAUAAUGUUUUGAAGCAAAACUCGUAUGCUUUCUGGUCCUAUGUAUUGUUUGGUGUUUUCCUCUUCCAUGUCCUGUUGGUGUUUUCCUUUUCCUUUUCUUUUUCCAUGGGUGUUUUCCGUUUCUAGUAUUAUGGAUGAUGGACACUAUGUUACAUGUAUGAUGUUUUAUGUAGUCGAGGUGUUCUGAAGGACACUAUGUUAUAUAUAUGAUGUUUUAUGUAUUCGAGGUGUUCUAUUUUCAUGGUUUUCAACUUUGAAUUGUUUGAGAAACUUACUGUCAUUGUGUUUGGGUUUAAUUUGGAUGUAAGAGUACUUACUGUUUUCAUCAUUCACUCAAGAACAAUCAUAAUUGUUCAUGGAAGAAAAGAGAAAUGGAUCUAGCUAGUCUUUUUCUUCAUCUUCUCAUGGACUCCAAUCAACUCAUAAAAUUAGGAAACUUGGUCGGUCGUGCCCGGGAGCACCCCUUGAAAUUUUAAAAAUCUGUUUUGCUGCUUUGUUUAGUGCGAUUCAUUGAAAAAAAAAGAAGGCUCUGCUUAUGUUCUAAAUCUGGAAAACAGAGCGAGCAUUGUGCAGAAGAAAAAUGGGGAAGAAGACAGGAGCAUGUUUGUAAAUAUGAGGCCAAAGUAUUUCUUUAAUCCCUUAACUUAAUAAAUUUGAAAGAUUUAU